CUGCUCACACUGUGUUCUGCCAGGAGACAAAGGCAGUCAUUCAACAGGGAGCUACAUGAGGACAAUCACACUUACUUUUGUUUACAUACGCUACCUCCUUGGCUGAUGGUCAUCUCCUGUGUCUUCCGUGUCAGUCCAAGGUGACGUUACCGCGGAAGCUUUGGCCAGGUCCUCAUCCCUCGGCACACUACGUCUUGCACCUUUGCUCGCUGAGGUAGAGCGCUGGACAUUUUUUCCCGCUGAUGGAGCAGGAUGCGUCUGGAUCACAUCGGACACAGCUGAGGAUCUUGUACCAUGUGUGGAAGAUGUUCCAGGCUUUCUCUGCCCUCUUCUGUUGAGACUUGCAGACUUAAGUGUUGUUCUGUUGGUUGAUUCAUUUCCUUUAGAAGCAGCAGAGGCUUUUAAAGUUGCCCCUUUAGAUUGGACACCCGUGGCAGCGAGAUUCUUUCUAGGCUGAGAGGGUUUUUUUCCUUCAGAGAGGCUUGUGCCAGUGUGGACAUAAAGGGCUUUUUCUAAUGCUUGCCCAAUCAGUUUUAUGUCUUCUGUCUCCACCGGGGAUGUGGCUGCAUCUGAAUAUGCAAACAUUAUUUAAUGAUAAUCCCAAGACACAUAACAGUCACUGCAUUUAAACAGCAGAGGUGUCAUUAACUGCAACUUUACAGUUACGCAUCUAUCCUAAUAAGAAGAAACCAUAAAAACAUAUGAUUAAAAUGCCUAUUUUCUCUUACCUGUAGCAGCAGCAUCAGUCUGUUGUGAUUCCCUUGGAGCUGUGCUGUGUAAGAGGACUGCACAGUCACGGAAAAGCAGGUCAAUCUCGUCCCAACAACAAGAAGUGGGGGCCCACGCAGCCCCCGUUUAUCCUGAUAACAUCUCAUCUGGCGCUUUGGUUUUCAGGGGCCAUAACUGCCACGAAAAAUGGCCGCAAAAGAGAAUUUGUCUAACGGAGCGGGGCCCAUGCAUGACGGCAAAGAAGAUGGCCUCGGGCCGGAUGAUCUCUCCGAGAUGUUGGCAGCUGGGACCAAAGACGUUCACGAAAAGGCAGAAAACACGCAGUUUGUCAAAGAUUUCCUCAGGGGACGAAUCCGCAAGGAGCUCUUCAAGCUCGGAGCCGUAGCGCUCUACUACAUCUACGAGGCCAUGGAGGAGGAAAUAGAAAGGAACAAGGACCACCCCCAUUUUGCCCCCCUCUAUUUCCCGUCAGAGCUGCACCGCCACGAGGCCCUGGCCCGCGACCUCGAGUACUUUUACGGCCCAGAAUGGCGGAGCCUGGUCAGCUGUUCCGAGGCCACCCGACGCUACGUGGACCGCAUCCGCCACGUCGGCCGGGAGGACCCGGCGCUGCUGGUGGCGCACGCGUACACCCGCUACAUGGGGGACCUGUCUGGGGGCCAGGUGUUGAAGAAGGUGGCGCAGAGAGCCUUGAAGCUGCCCCCGACGGGGGAGGGGCUGGAAUUCUACCAGUUUGACGCCAUCGACAGCGCCAAAGCCUUCAAGCAGCUGUACCGCAGCCGCAUGAACCAGCUGGACCUGGACGUCCCGACCAAGGAGAGGCUGGUGGGUGAGGCCGUCAAGGCCUUCCAGUUCAACAUGGAGGUUUUUGAGGAGUUGGAGGAGAUGGGAAAAACCUUCAAAGAGGACGUGUCAGACGCUGGCAUGCCCGUCCACGGAGACAUGGGGGGCGACGUCAGCAAAUGUCCCUACUAUGCUGCCAAAACGGCGGCCACGGGUGGGACGGCGUACGCGUGCCAGCUCGCCGUGGCCGUCAUGCGCCACCCGACCGGUCAGGUCCUGAUGGCGACGUGGUUUGCGGCGUUGGCGGGCCUGGCUGCGUGGUAUCUGAUGUGAGCACACAAGUAAGAAGAGCGGACAGAGUUUCAUCCAAGUCUCUUUCUACUUGUCUUAUUUGACUAAAUCUACUUGGAGCUUUUACUUAAGGACCACACUGACCCCACUCCAGCAUUUUCUUUCAUUUUUCUACCUCCUUUGCACCGUCCGUCCAUCCAUCUGUGUUCCAAUGACACAACCCGUGAUUGGUGUAAAAUGAUAAAAGGUACUAUCCUAUGCAUACUGUAUGUCUUUGUGCUCACUUGGGCUCAAGAAAGAAGGUUUACAACUAAAAAGACUAAAUGGCAAUGAAGAUGUGUCAUAUUAAAAGUCUUCACAUACUGUACCAUUUGACUUUAAUACAGUAAAAAGUCCAUUUAGGAGCUGCUAAAAAGCUUCUCAUCCCUUUUCAGGGUUCCUACUCGGGCCGUAAUGUAUCACAGUUGUGCUCAUGUAAAGUGGCACGGGUGAUGGAACCAAGCUGCGGGGGAAAAAACAUAGCACAGCAUAGCAUAGCUGUAUUUCCUCAUGUAGUGGCCUGGGAGGUUUUUUGACUUGACUGCAGAGUAGCAGGCUUCCAUAUUAUAAGGCUUUUAUUAGGGUGUGAGGCCUUUUUAUUUGAACCCCCCCCCCCCAACAAAAACAAAAAACAAAAACCAUACAUUUCAAAUAAAAUGGCAUGAUAUAAUGUGUAUAAAUUGUAAUUAUUAUAAUAUAUAAUGAUAUUUUAUUAUAUACAAAAUAUGCAUUAGUUAUACAGUGCAAUACAUACAACACAAAUGCAUUUUUAAAAAAAUUCCCAGAAAUUAUUAAAUUCUGCUUAUUUAAAAGAAAAUAUUACAAUUGAAUAUAGUAAUGACUAUAAUAUAGAUGAUUUGGAGGGGAAACCUUUAUUUUGACAUUUUUCCACAAUUAUUAAAUCCUGCUUAUUCAAAAUAAAAUAUUAUGUCAUCUAUUAUUGGAAGGGAAACUUUUUAUUUGUCCAAAUGCAUUUUUUUCAAAAUAAUUUUAAAAAGGCACAGCUUGAUUGUUGCUGGUUUAUUUAGAUGCUGGUGAUGUUAGAAUAUACAGACUACACGGCUACAUGAAGGCCUGCUGGAGUAAAUGAGUAAGAAAUGCCUUCGGUUUGCUACCAAAUGGAUGCUAAUAUUCACUGCUCCCUUGAUGCAUAUUUGACUGUGGAUAUGCAGUGGGAUGCACGGCGUGUGGGGGAAACAUUCCAGUGACUUGUAGUUUCUCCCUUGCAAAUAUUGAAGUAAUGAUGUAUUAUUUUUCUCAGCAGGGUCAUGUGAUAGUCUGAGGAUAAAACCCACAAGUCCAACAUGACACUGGAAGUACGACUGGGCUAUUUUCCAAACAUUAUUAAACGGCGCAGUGAAAAGCUUUGCAGAUUGUCGCUGAUGUGCAUGAAUUUCUAUGAAUUAUUAUCCUUAACAAAUGACUGAACAGUGGCGUCGCCGUUGUUUGAGUGUGUAAAUACAAGAAAUAAACAUCCUCCCCAUGUGACUGUCAUGUCCAAACCAUUUUUUUAAGCGUUUUGUAUGACUUUCAACAAUAAAAAUGCAACAAAAGAUGCAGAACUUAAUG